GGAGACGGAAGCGUGAAACGCGCGGAUGUCGCGCAAGUUUAAUGUAUAGUCAAUUCCGCUUGAUAGUAACCAAUCAGACGGCACAGAUCUGUGCGCGCUUCUCUCCCCCCGAUCUUCUCCUCUCCUGCGGCAAGCCAGAGAUAUCCAAUUGAAAUAGCUGCGCUCCGCCGCGCGCCGCGUCUUCGCCGCUAAUAUACACGCCCGCGUGUUAUCGCACGCGCGUCUGUGUGGCGCGCCGAUUGCGUUAUUAACUGUACAAUAAUAAUUGGCCGAGAGCGAAUUCCGGAAAUGUAAUUAAGCGAUCUUCCAAGGCAGGGCGGCCCUUGCCUCGAUCGAGAUCGCGGGCCCCUCGCCUUAGUCUCCCCUUUUUAUCGAGUUGCCCCGGUAACUUUGCCGCGCGCCCGACGCGAGGGCGGCUUUUUCAGACGCGAGUUUUCACAGGAGCAAAACUACGGGGUCCGUCGACAUGAACAGCAAGAGUGCAUUACUGGUGCAACGCUGGAUGCUCCAGCCGCGCGUGUUGCUCGCUCUCAUUUUGCUGCAAUUUAUCAUUCAGUUUUUCACGUCCGCCUAUCUGUAUAAGUACGUCACGAACGUGGAGAGCGAUCUCCGUCGGGUAAAAAGCCAGUAUCCGCCGGAGGCCCUGGCGAUCCCGCGGCGGAGACGCAGCAGCGCGCUGCCGACCGCCGAGGACAACGCCGUUUCGGAUAUAUCCAGCCGGAUCCGAGAUGACAAGGAGAUACAGGGUACAAAGAAGGCGACCGCCUCCCCGAUGGUAUCCGGCUCCGCGUCUUCGCCAACGGUGGCCGGGGGUCAGGAUUGGGUCUGGUUUAACGCCGACACACGAAUACAAUACGACGUGAUCGAGAACUUUUGCCGUUCGUCCGCCAAGUAUUGUCCACCAGGUCUGCCCGGUGCGCCCGGAAAUCCGGGUCCGCCCGGGGAACCGGGUCUGCCGGGUGUUCCGGGGAUGGACGGCCCGAAAGGACCCUCGGGUCAUCCUGGUGCCAGAGGUGCCAAGGGUGACAUCGGGCCGCCGGGUUUCGACGGGAGGGACGGGGUACCGGGUGAGCCCGGUUUGGACGGUAUUCCCGGUAGAAGCGGCCUGGACGGUGUGCCAGGGAGCGACGGUAAACCAGGUACAAACGGAUCUCCUGGAUUGUCUGGAAGGAACGGAACGGACGGAAGACCAGGGCAAAUGGGACCUCAGGGACCGCCAGGUCCUCGCGGAGACGUGGGUCCGCCUGGUCACCCAGGUGCGUCGGGAAAGGACGGUAAACCGGGCAUACAAGCGUACAAGGUGAACGUGAACGAUUACAACGAGAACGACAUAUUAAUACCGCCAUCCAUCGUAGAGAUUACACCGCCGUUGAAUUCAAGUGGCGUGAUUUCCGUGCACGAGGGCAGCAAUAUACGGCUGAGAUGCGCCGCGAGUGGGAGACCGCAGCCCGUUAUACAAUGGACCAAAAUAGACGGUUCUUUGAUACCCAUGGGCCCCUGGCAUGUGAGCUCUGUUACGGGCCACACGUUCAACAUCAGCGUGGUGAACCGGGAACACAUGGGCGAGUACGUGUGCAACGCUGAUAAUGGAAUAACUCCAGCGCGGUCCAAGAGGUUCAAGCUUCAAGUCAGAUUUCCGCCGUUCAUUCGUAUACGCAACCAAGUGGUACUCGUGCGAAACCAAAAUCCGGCGACAUUGGAAUGCGAGGUGGAAGGCUUUCCCGAGCCGGUGGUACAUUGGGAGCGCAGUGACGGCCGUCGCCUGAAAAUGUCGGAUAAGUACAGAACGGAGGUUUCCGACAAGCGCGAUAAUUACAAGCUGAAGAUGAAGCUGAGGAUCACGAGGGUGACUUCGUCGGAUCACGGGACUUACCACUGCGUGGCGAAAAACGAUCUUGACGUUGUCAAAGGAUCCUUUAUAGUAGACGAUGACAUAAAGGAUAUCGAGAAGUACAAGUUAGGGAAGGAGGAGCACGUAACAUACGGCCACCCAAUGCCCAUGAGCGUCGAUCAGGAGCAAGAAUUGUGCAUCCCCGCGCAAGAAACCUGCGCGACGUGUCCAAAGUGCACGUACACAGACAUCAUAGACCACGUGCACGUUCAGCCGUUGAGGGAUAUUAAUAAUACGCGGCCGCCGCCGCGGUUAGCCGAGGGUUUUAUAGAGGCCAUAGGCAAACCCGUGCUGAAAGGGAACAUGGACGAUCACUAUGGAAGUUGGAUGUACGACGCGUCUUCCAGCAACGACAUCAUGCCCGACAGACUUUGGGUCACCCGCCACAACGAGACGUCCUACAUCUAUGAAUACAAAUCGAAGGAGUACUUCAAGAACAACACGGCGACUGACCACAAAACACUACCCCAUCCUUUCCAGGGUAAUGGACACGUGGUUUACGACAAGUCGUUUUUCUAUAAUCCCAUUAAUCGACCGUCGGUCCUUCGAUACGAUCUCGACGAGACCUCGAAUCACCAGCGGUGCAAAGAGCUCACCAACGAAUGCGAGAUGCAGCUUCCGUGUUUGGAGGUCGACGGCCAGAACUACCUCUACACGCGCAAUUUCACCUACACGGAUUUCAACGUGGACGAAAACGGUUUAUGGGUCAUUUAUCCAUUAUCGUCCAAUUGUAGCGGUAAAAAUACAGUAGUGGUGAAAAUGGAUCCCACCAAAAUGAGUAUUCAGUACGCGUGGAACAUCAGUAUCGAUCACCGUCGAUUCGGGGAGAUGUUUAUCGCGGGAGGCGUGCUUUACGCUAUACGCAGCGUCACCGAGGAUACUAUGGAGAUACGAUUCGCCUUCGAUCUCUACAAGAAUACCACGCUGGAUGUAAACUUGACGUUUACGAAUCCGUACCACAAGACGACGGCAGUUAGCUAUAAUCAUAAGAGCAAGGAGCUCUACACGUGGAACAAGGGCCACCGAUUAGCCUACCCCGUGAAAUGGCAAGAAGCGACUGAGAGGGAACCGUCUCCACGAUAUACGCAUGUACCGCGAAGAAACGCGCGUAGGAGCGUCGCUAAUCGCCACGAGAACGUUAAUUAAACAAGUUUGACGUUUAACGAGUUCUCUCCUUUCGAGCCUCCUCGAGCGCGUAUUUAUCUUGUAACACGUGUGCCAAAAAUAAAAGCUUAAACGAGAUUAAUCAGUGCGUGUAAUUAUUGCAUGUCAGUAAGUCCAGAAACUAUGACGCUGAGGAUUAUCGAACUUUAGUCCAUACAAUUGUACAAAGUAAUAUUUAUACAUGUAAUCAUGUAAUCGUAACAACAUUUUUAAAAACGUACUUUUAAGAAAUCAUGCUAUAAAUGUAUAAAAAUCUUAUAUGUGUAACAAAGUAAAAUGCGCACUGUAUUUCUGUUUACAAACAAUUAUUCAGCUUUGUAUGUCAAUAAUGUAUAUGACAUUUACACAUAUGCUUUCACUUAAAAUUUAUAACGUUGAACAAUUUAAAUUACGCCGCAAGAUAAAGGUAAAAAAGAAUAGUGUAUUUGCUGAGUAAACUAUUCACAAUUUUCCAUUUUAAAUUAACAAUGUUGAAUUAAGAAAAUUAAAUUUGAACAAUUUAAAUUUUGCCUUACGGUAAAAAAUAAGGAGGAACAGUUUACUUAAUUAUGUAUUAUUAAUUUACUGAAAUAUAUAUUAAAUAGCCAAUGCUGAGUACGUUACUUGCCAGGUAUCUUAAAGCAGUAUGCAACAUACGUAUAUGUAAACGUCACAGAUAAUACCCAGUGAGAAAUGAUUUGUCGAUCGAUGUCGAAACGAUGUCGAAUCGAUAUCGACACCUUCAAAUUGAUGUAAAUCGUUUCGAUAUCGAUCGACGAAUCAUUUCUCACUGAAUGUUAUCUGUGACGUUUACGUAUAUGUACAUAGAGGGAAUUUUCUCUUAAAAUUUAUCCUAAAAAUCAUGUAAUCAUGGGACG